UGUUUUAUCAGAAGGAAAUAAGUCUUAGUAUGGGAAUAAGCUGAGAAGGAAAACCGUUUUUCUUGCUUUUUCAACCUUGACGAAGCCGUUACAGCCGUGGCGAUGAUGGAUUUGUUCAUAGUCACCGAGAACCGCUAAUCCCGCCCAAGAGAAUACCAAGUCACUAAAUGGGUCCACAUGUGGCUCAAGUCGGCGAUAGCGGGUGUCGCAAUAUUGCGAAUUUGAGUCCCCGAGAAAAAAAGAAGUAUUAGCUUGCACAUAAACUGGCUUAUCGAGAAGCCCCCAUGAACCCUUCGCACUCGUCUAAUUGUGAUUUCUCCCAUCGCAUCUUCAGACUUGUAUCAAGUGACCUCUUUGUUAUACAGACAAAGCGGUAUCUAACUCGUAUACCGCAAGGUACCUCAGGUACAUUGUUGGAUUCUUGGAGGUUCCUUAGCGUUGUUGCAUCCAACCAGAGCCUUUAAAUCGGUUCACAGGACCAGCGCUGCUGUGUCGUUCGCCGACUGAACCUGUCUGUGCCGCCCCAAGAUAUGAUGUCGGUUGCAAUCCACGACCCACAGCAAGAUGUCGGUGACACUAUCUGCCGGCUUGUCAGUAUCGGAUCUGACCGAUAGGAAUAAGGAAGAGGAUGGCCAUACAGUGUUGACCCCGCCCCUUGUUCCAGAGUCUUUGUUGUCCUCUUCUCAGAUACCAUAUAUUCAAGAGGUAGAACAUCAAUAUCAUCAUAAACAACCAAGCAUCAUCGACAGCAUAGCAAUCAUGGCCAUCGGUAUCUUCACCAAACCCUCUGCACUCGGCGUCAGCCACAGCACAAUCCCCAACGUGGGUCCCUGCCAGCAAAAUCGUUUCGACGAACUCGUGGUGCGACUCAAGGAUGCCCUUGGUCCAUCAUCGGGAUUGACUUCUGAUGAUGUUGAUGUUGACUUCCUUCAACAACUGAUGGAAGGAUAUGACGGCUCCGACAACAUGUGGAAGCCCUAUGCCUUCGGUGAUCGCAGUAGGGGAUAUACCCGCAAUCUCGUUGACGAAGGUAACGGCAAAAGUAAUUUGCUUGUUCUUGUAUGGUCUCCUGGAAAGGGGUCCCCUAUCCACGACCACGGCAACGCCCACUGCUUGAUGAAGAUUCUGAAGGGCAACCUCACCGAGACUCGAUACGCAUUUCCGAACGAGGAUGAAGAACAGAAACCAAUGAAGAUCAUUGGGGAAAGAACAUAUAAAGAAAACUCUGUCGCAUAUAUGGCAGACGAACUAGGUCUUCAUCGUGUAUCCAACAGGGGUAGCGACUUUGCUGUAUCCCUCCACUGUAGGCAAUGCCCUUAAUCCACGACACUCGUCACAGAAACUAACCUGCAACUUUGCAGUGUACACUCCUCCCAACGUAGCUAAAAAGGGAUGCCAUAUCUUUGACGAGAAGACAGGACGGAAAAGCCAUGUACCAGGUUGUCACUACUACUCCGCUUAUGGGCUGCUGCUGAAGGAGUAGUUGACACAGGAAAGGCCGUGGCAGCCACGAUUUGAUGAGACAUGACCUUGUUAUAAUUAGCGCCGCAAGUAUUGAGAGCUCUCCUUUGAUUCGGAUUGCCCAGAUUGUUUUUGAUGGUAGAUGAUGGGAGUGGAGGUUGGACGGAGGAUGAUCUCAGUAUAGCAAGUACUUCGAUAUUAGCAUAGAAUGAACCGAUUUGAUCAAAUGAGACCCGCAUUCUAUACGAAGACGUGCGAAGAGUGAAUAUGAGGUGAAAGAG